AUGGCGUCUUUCAAACAGGCUCCAUUGGCUUCGGCGGGCCAGUAUAAGGCUGCCAAGGAAGCGUUUCACGCCAACAACGUGGGGUCGUCUAUCAUGAACAUCAAUGUGCUUAGUCUCACUGCGUUGACCGCCUACGCUAUCUACGCCGCAACAACAGGCAAGCGCCGUUCAUCCCCCAUCUUCGACUCCGCCACGACCGUCCUCCCGCUUCUUCUGGGCGUCACCCUGUUCGCUACUCAGCCAUCCACCUUCAACGCGGUUCUGAUCUGUAUCUUUGGAUUACUGUUCAAUCCUACUCAGCGGGCACUCCAAGAAAAGCGGUACGCCGCGGGUUUUACUCGGCCGUCGACCGACCCAGCCAAGUCCAAGGGCAAAUGGCUGGAGGAAUCGGACUCGGACGAGGAACCUUCUCAACCCGCUACGACCUCCGUUCCUGCUUCCCGCACGGGGGUCACGCUUCCUUCCGAGGUGAUAUCGGCCAGCUCGACCGCUACUUCGCCGGAUCUUUCAGUGGAAGGCUCGCCCGACCGCAAGGGGUCCUCGCGCAGAAGACGGCGCUCUGCGUCGCCUGCGGUGGACGGACAUACCGCCAUAGACGUCAUGGAGACGCCGGAGAUGUUGGCGAAUGGAACGAUGCUGCGCCAACAACAGGCGUACCCGUCUCCGUUGCAACGGAAGGGCGAGAAGACGUCUACCGGCAGCUCGGGCAGACUGCCCUUUCUCUCGGUCUAUCGAGCGCACAUGAUGAUCAUGACGAUACAUUGCAUCCUCGCAGUGGAUUUCCCGAUCUUUCCUCGCUGGCUGGGCAAGUGCGAAGACUUUGGGACUAGUCUUAUGGACGUCGGGGUCGGGUCUUUUGUCUUUUCUCUGGGCAUCAUCUCAACUCGGAACUAUACGUCUGAACGUCAAUCCGGAAACUCGAUUCUGCGCAGCGCGAGGAAAGCUCUUCCGAUCUUAGCGCUGGGUAUGGAGCACGUGUCGGAGUACGGAGUGCACUGGAACUUCUUCUUCACACUGGCCAUUCUGCCAUUCAUGGGCGCGCUGCUGUGGCCAUUACGUCGACGGGGCCUGGACUGGACGAUUCUCGGAGCUCUCAUCACAGCUUGGCAUCAAUUCUUCCUCUCCUUCAGCCCUCUCCAAGCCUACGUCCUGUCCCCGAUCCGACAAGGCCUCCUCGGCGCCAACAAAGAAGGCCUCGCAUCCUUACCCGGCUAUCUCGCUAUAUACCUGCUCGGCUUGGCUACAGGUCAGCACAUACUCCGAGCGACUGCUCUCGGUCGACUGGAGAAGGUUUCGGGCAAGUCGUCGGCGGAGCAGGCGGAAGAGAGGUACAGGAAGAGGAGGACAGAGCUGGCGUUGGAGCUAUUUGGGUACGCGGUGGCGUGGUGGGCUAUGUUGGCGGUAUGUCGAGUUGGGGGAAUGGGUGUGUCACGAAGACUGGCGAAUCUUCCCUACGUGCUCUGGGUCGCCGCCUUCAACUCUACCUUCCUCCUCGGCUAUCUCAUCAUCGAAACGCUGGUCGUCCCACCUCAUCCCGUCUCUCCCCCAUGUCCCCCUCUUCUCGAAGCCAUCAACAAGAACAGUCUUCCACUCUUCCUAGCGGCAAAUCUCCUCACUGGCGUAGUCAACAUCUCGAUGCGGACAAUGUAUGCCAAGUGGUAUACAUCUCUAGGCGUUCUGGUGGCGUACUCAGGGUGCUUAUGCGGUCUGGCGUGGAUGUGGCGGAGAUGGCGGCUGAGGAUAUGA